AUGACCGAUCUCACUGAAGACCUAGGAACAACGCUUUGGGCCGUGAAUACCGUCUUCGCCGUCGUAGCAACAGCCACGGUCUUCGGCCGAUUCGCCGCUCGAAAAGUUCGCCGAAUGUCCUUCGGCGCAGACGACUGGAUUAUAUGUAUUGCCCUGCUUCUAAAUUGGGCAAUGUACGCCCUCGCUGCGAGAGCGCAAAUCCACGGAAUGGGAAAACACAUCUCAACCCUAACCCCAUCCCAAAUAAAAACCUUCACGAAAAACCUCUACUUCAUGCAAAUAGCCUACAUCCCCGCCCCACCCGCCAUAAAACUCUCCCUCCUCUGCCUAUACCGCCGAAUCUUCAAAUACACCCAAUCCCGCUUCCUGUGGCUGAUCUACGCCAUGAUGGCGAUUAUAACGACCUGGUGCACGGCCAACCUGUUCCUGGUGAUAUUCUUCUGCGUGCCGAUUUCCGCGCUCUGGACGGGGAAAGGGAAGUGUCUUGAUUUGGAUCCGUAUAGUUAUGCUGUUAUUAAUAUUGUUACGACGCUGGUUGUUUGGGCUAUGCCCAUUCCGAAGGUUUGGAGGUUGAAUCUUCCGCGGGGUCAGAAGGUGGCUGUUUCGUUGGUUUUUAUGUUGGGGCUCUUUGAUUGUUCGACGGCUAUUGGGCGCAUUAUUAUUAUGCCAGAUGAAGGUGAGCCGGAUAAGACUUGGUAUUAUGCCAAACCUUGCAUGAUGCACAUUAUUGAGGUUUCGACGGGGAUUGUGUGUACUUGUCUUCCUGUGAUGAGGGUUUCUAUUAAGGAGGCUUUGGGGGGGGAGGUGUUGCGUUUGUUUUGGUGGGAGGACGGGUAA